GCGACGAGGAAGGCCGCACCGGUGCGGACGAGCGUCGGUCGGGACCCGCUCCCCCGUGGAGUGCCAGCUGCGGAGCCGGGGGAACCUUAAACAUGGAGUCCAAACCAUCACGGAUUCCAAGAAGAAUUUCUGUUCAACCCUCCAGCUCUUUAAGUGCUAGGAUGAUGUCUGGAAACAGAGGUGGUAGUUUAAAUGAUACUAUAUAUCACCCAAGAGACUCUUCAUGUAGACUGGAUUCGGAAUAUCAGACUACAUCAGCAUCAGCAUCUACAUCACCUUUUCAGUCUGCAUGGUAUGGUGAAUCUGAGAUAACUCAGGGAGCACGCUCAAGAUCACAAAACCAGCAACGGGAUCAUGAUUCAAAAAGACCUAAACUUUCUUGUACAAAUUGUACAUCUACCUCAGCUGGGAGAAGUGUUGGACAUGGCUUGAAUGCAGUGUCAGAUUCUUCUUGGAGGCAUAGUCAAGUUCCCAGAUCUUCAUCAAUGGUACUUGGAUCAUUUGGAACAGACUUAAUGAGAGAGAGGAGAGAUGUAGAGAGGAGAACAGAUUCCUCCCUUAACAAUCUUAUGGAUUAUAAUCAUCAAAGUGGUGAUUUCACAACUUCAUCGUAUGUUCAAGACAGAGUUCCUUCUGCAUAUUUACAAGGAGCAAGACCAAAAGAGAAUUCAGUGAGCACUUUACAAUUGAACACACCAUCCACAAACCACCAGUUGCCUUCUGACCAUCAAAACAUGCCAUGUUCUAGGGACUCUCGCAGAAAUUCUUUGAGAUCAAAUUUUUCUCCAAGAGAAUUGGAAUCUUCUCAAGUACACAGUAUACAGCCUGGGUUUUCUUAUAUUUCAAAUAGAGAUGAAACCUCACCCAUAACGAGUUCGGAUAGAGUUGGUUCAUCUCAAAGAUCAUUUCAAGUACCUUCUGACAAUGAAGGUAGACGCACAACCAGAAGAUUGCUGUCACGUAUAGCUUCUAGUAUGUCAUCUACUUUUUUUUCACGGAGAUCUAGCCAGGAUUCCUUGAAUACAAGAUCAUUGAGUUCUGAGAAUUCUUAUAUUUCUCCAAGAAUUUUGACAGCUUCACAAUCUCGUCAUGCGACAUCAACCUCUGACCUUCCUGAUAAUAGGGCAUCUGAAGCUUCUCAGGGAUUUCGAUUUCUUAGGCGAAGAUGGGGCUUAUCAUCUCUUAGCCAAAAUCAUAGCUCGGAGCCAGAUUCAGAAAAUUAUAACCAAGAAUCAGAAGGUAGAAAUACAGGACCAUGGUUAUCCUCCUCACUUAGAAAUAGAUGUACACCUUUGUUCUCUAGAAGAAGGCGAGAGGGUCGAGAUGAAUCUUCACGAAUAUCUACCUCUGAUGUACCAUCUAGAUCUCAUCAUAUUUUUAGAAGAGAAUCAAGUGAAGUGUUUCACCUUGGAGUACAGAAUGAUUCCCUUGGGGCAGCUGCCACCAGACCACAAGCAUCUGCGACUUCUAGCAGUACAACCAUUGGUAGCCCCACAUCAGAUUCAACCCAUAGUGGAAGGAAUACAGGAAUAACCGGAAUUCUUCCUGGUUCUUUAUUCCGAUUUGCAGUUCCCCCAGCACUUGGAAAUAAUUUGACCAACAAUGUCAUGAUCACUGUAGAUAUUAUUCCUUCAGGUUGGAAUUCCUCUGAUGGAAAAAGUGAUAAGACUAAAAAUGCACCCUCCAGAGACCCGGAAAGACUACAGAAAAUAAAAGAGAGCCUUCUUUUAGAGGACUCUGAAGAAGAAGAAGGUGACUUAUGUAGAAUUUGUCAGAUGGCAGCUGCAUCAUCAUCUAACUUGCUUAUAGAGCCAUGCAAAUGCACAGGAAGUUUGCAGUAUGUCCACCAGGAGUGUAUGAAAAAGUGGCUGCAGGCCAAAAUUAACUCUGGUUCUUCAUUAGAAGCUGUAACUACCUGUGAACUCUGUAAAGAGAAGUUGCAGCUUAACCUGGAGGAUUUUGAUAUUCAUGAACUACAUAGAGCUCAUGCAAAUGAACAAGCUGAGUAUGAGUUUAUCAGCUCCGGUCUCUACCUAGUUGUGUUACUGCACUUGUGCGAGCAAAGCUUUUCUGAUAUGAUGGGAAAUACAAAUGAACCAAGCACACGUGUCAGAUUUAUUAACCUUGCAAGAACUCUUCAGGCACAUAUGGAAGAUCUCGAAACUUCAGAGGAUGAUUCAGAAGAAGAUGGAGAUCAUAACAGACCAUUUGAUAUUGCCUAACUCCAUAUAAGACAAAUGGAUGAUCUGUGAACAAGUGUUUAUUAAAACUGGCAAUUAAGUCUGAGUUACUUUUGUGGGAUAGUGCCAUCCAAUACAUUGACUAUAAUGAAUAUAUAUAGAUGUAUAUUCAUUCGCACGUGUUGCUGAAUUAAAACUAUUCUGCUGGAUCUUUUAAUAUGGCCAGUGAAUCUGAUGUUUAUAAAACUGGUAAUCUCUAACGUAAUUUUCUUUUAGGUGAAUAGGAAAGGUAUUGCCCUUGUUUUAAUAGCUAGGCAAUGCCAACAACCUUUAUUUUGUGUUCUGAUUACUGUAGUCAUAUUUAUGGAAAAAAGUUCAUGUUUUAGUCUCUUGCUAGUGAAAAUAAAAGUGGGGCAAAAAUAAGCUUUUGAAAUAUGCCAAGUGGCACCCAAUUUCUUUUUUAAUGCCUUAAGUUGCAGUCAUAAUAUUUUCAUAAUCAUAUCUCUCCAGUGUCUAAAAGGGGUGCAGCUAAGGGUUUGUGAUGAGCAUUAGGUUUCCAAAAUUAAUUUGAAUUCUAAAUUCACUUGGCAAUAAAAUCUACUUUAUAGAUAAAGUAUAUAAAAUAUAAAUGAUGGAUAAUUUUUUAUUGAUUUGCAAAAUGCAGGUUAUAUUUGAUAGGCCAUAGUAUGUAGAUAUUCCUUUUAGGAAUAUUACAGCUGUAAAUUUUAUCAAUUGUUAGUCAAAUGCUAUUUGGUUUAAAAAAAUUACUGCAAACUCAAGUUAAUGGAAUAUUUUUAAAUCCCACAUUCAAAGUUUUGAAAAAAACACUGGUUUUUCAAUGUGUUUUUUAGUGAUGUCUCUUCUUUAUAGAUAAAUAUGAUAAUCUAUUUGGAUCUUUGUCUUUUCUAACUGUUCCUUGUUAAUUGUGAACCUUUAUUUGAUGACUGUAUUUUUCAUUAUCUUUGGAAAGAACAGAUGCGUGUUACCUGUUCAAUAUGAAUAGAUUUACACUGUGGACAUGAAUUGUGUAUUCUUCCUUAACUGUAUUUUCUGUCAACUCAUAAAUACACUUUAAAAAGCACCUUCAGGUGGUUUCUGGUUAAAGUCUUCAUGUCAUGGCAACAAAUGGCUUUUUCAGAACCAAAUAAAACCAUGUAAUUUCUCAAAUGUGAGUCAACAGUUUGCCCUCACUUAAGUCGAAUUUUGGUUUUAUGUAAAACAUUGGCUUUAAAUAAAGUGCAUACUAAUUGAUUUACUAUUAAA